UGUGGGAGGUGUUCUAUUUGACGCUGCACACGCAAUUUGUUCGCGCUGACCGUACAUGUGUGAUGUAAAAAGACUAGGGGACAGCAACGGGACCAUAGAGGACAUAAUUUGAAUGAGAAAAAAACCUAUUUCGAUGAAGUGGAGCUAGAUUGAAGUGAUGAUCGUUAUUGCUUGUUGCAGUGUGGAUAUUUUUCUAGUCCCAUUUUCUUGGGGUUGGUGUUCGAUGUAUGCUCAUUCAGAUGAAAUUAGAAUUGGAGAACAGAUCGUCCUGUGAUAGUUGAAUCAGCACAUACUGAGAAUUAGGUAAGCGUUGUCUGGAAACAGCAGCCAUGGAUUUCAUUCUCAGCGGAACGGCUGCUUGUGGGGCUUGCCUUUUCACGAACCCACUUGAAGUUGUGAAGACUCGUAUGCAAUUGCAAGGCGAGCUGAAAAGCCGGGGCUCAUACCAAGUGUAUUAUCGCAAUGUAUUCCAUGCCUUCUACACUAUUGGUAAAGUUGACGGAAUCGCCGGGCUACAGAAGGGGCUGGCCCCGGGGUUACUGUAUCAGUUUUUCAUGAAUGGUGUCCGGCUAGGCUCGUACGCAAUCAUUGAGUCUUCAGGCUACAUCCACACGGACGGAAGAGUCAGUGCAGCCAAGAGUACCGUGGCUGGAGCAGUCGCCGGCGUAGUGGGAGCAGUCAUGGGAAGUCCGAUCUAUUUGGUAAAGACUCACCUUCAGAGCCAGGCCACCUCUUCCAUUGCAGUAGGACACCAGUACAAACACCGGGGGAUGUUCCACGCCUUCGCGGGCAUCCACCGGGAGCACGGCAUUCUGGGGCUGUGGAGGGGUUCGAGUGCAGCAGUGCCCAGGGUCAGCGUGGGGUCAGCCGCCCAGCUCUGUACCUUCUCUUCUUCCAAAGAAUUAAUCACUGACCUGCAGGUGUUUGCAGAGGGCAGCUGGCUUAUAGCGCUGAGCGCUGGAAUGAUGAGCAGUGUGGUGGUGGUGCUGGCUAUGACGCCCUUCGACGUGGUCAGCACGCGUCUGUACAACCAGCCGGUGGAUCAGCUGGGCCAGGGGAAGAUUUAUAGGGGAUUUUCAGACUGCUUCUCCAAGACCCUGAAGAAAGAAGGGUUGACUGGGCUAUAUAAGGGCAUUGGGGCCUCCUACUUUCGUUUGGGGCCCCACACCAUCCUGUCUUUACUGUUUUGGAAUGAGCUGCGCAAGCUCUACCAGCCUUACAGGUAGCACAGACAUGCAAAACUGCUCAGAUUGGAAUGCAAGCUAUUUUCCAAGGCCCAUGUUGAAAAUCCAGAAUAUCAAGUUUGAGGAUAAAAAAAUAAUGGUUAAGAUAAUCAACCAAUCAUGCCCUCAAAGACUGGAGUUUUGUACAAAAUCUUUAGAGUUUUAUAUUUGGCUAGCUUAACAGAAACUAGAAACUUGGAACUUUCAGGAUUUAAAAAAAAUAUUAUUUGGUUUAUGUUUUUUUCUCAUCCUUUUUUAAUUGGCUCACCACCACCCUCCCUUGAUGGAGGACAGUUUGAUUUAUAUAAUGACAAUAUUUUGCAUAUACUGUAUGUACGUAUCAAAGGGGUGAAGCUGCUGCUCAGAACAUCAAGAUAUCAACAUUUACAGUCAACAAAAAAAAACAACAAAAAAAAACAGAAACACUAUUGUCUUUUUAUGGAGCCCAACAACAAGGGUUUCCGUAAACAAUGUUUUUUGUUUUUGACUGGUUCAGACAGUGCAGUGAAGUUUAUUUUAGAUAUUUAUAGAAGCUUCUGAUGACCUGCCAGAUUUAAAAUGGCUGAUAUAUGGGGCUAUUGGUGAUUUUUUUUACAGGACUCUAGCUUUCAGAAAUCAGCAUCUUUUAAUUGCAGCCCAUUACAUUUUGUGUUUUACAAUUUUAUUAGUGUAAAAAAGCUGACAUUUUAAUUGUUUAUUAUUAUUAUUAUUAUUAUUAUUAUUAAUAAUAAUAAUAAUAAUAAUAAUAAUAAUGAUAAUGUAUUAAUAGAAUUUAUAAAAUUGACAGUCAAAUACACUCGCAGACAUGACCCACGCAGACAUGAGGAGAACAUGAAAAUUCCACACAGAAAGGCCCCAGUCAGAAUUUGAACCCAGUGCUACCCUCUGCACAGCUGUCUUAUCCCUAUUUUAUUAUUCCUUUGCAAUCUAUGUACAACAGAGAUACUUUUCUGCAGUUUAUACCAAUUGAGCCACAAUGAAAAGUGAUUUCCUCUGGUCACAAUAUUAAUUACGUUACUGUUCAGGUAAAAUAUUUAUAUGCUAUAAAUAUUUAUUUUAUUAUUAAAUAGAGAUUGCCCACAAAUGCAAAAUUACUUAAAAUAAUUAAAAUGAUUAUCACAAGACAUAAUUUAUUAUUAAAAUAUUAAUACAUUUAAUAAAAAUAUAUUUAAAAUUCUGAAAUAAGGUAGUUCAAAAAUAUUUGAGUCUUUACAAUUUUAAACUCAAAUCAGUCAGAAUGAAUCCUACCGUAAAUGACACUCCAGAAUGUUUGGCCUCAUGUUAUAUAUUUAAACUAAAUCUUCUUUUCUAAAUAAAGAGCUUCUAGUAUAGCUAGACGUCCCUGGUGCUAAGAAGUAUGUGUAAAAUCAUUUGAUUUGUAUUCUUGCAUUUAAUAAAUUUAUCUUAUUUGAUUUGAUCACAGCUUUUUAUUUCACUACGCUUCAACUUCACUCAGAUAUUUGACAUCAACAUCCACAGUUACUUUUCAUAUUAUUUGUGAAAGUAACUAUUUUUACUAUUAUUAUUACUUUACCUGUACUGUUGGCAACAUUUUCACAUAUCAUUUUUAGAACUGUUUAUUCCAGGUCUUAUAUUGAUGAUGAACUGCAACACAUUUUUCCCUUGUUAGUAUUUCCAGAUGUUACAGAAGGCAUACUUGUACUAUGAACACGUAUUUCAAGGAACUGCCAUGCAGUAUUAAUUGGCUUAUUGCAUUGUAUUUUUUUGAGAACAGUUCAGAAAGAAAGGGAUGAUUCAAGAAUGAAGUAUUAAGAGACCACUCAUUUAUCUGUGUAACUGUACAUUAUUUCAAUUCUUUUUAACCAUGUAUCUUUGCUGUACUUUUAACUUGUUUUGACUUGUUGACAUGCAAAAAUCAUGAUCAUUCCAAUAAUGUUUUUGGAACAACUUCAAAUUGUACAAAAUGUAUUCCAGAGAAGGCUAGGUCUGACCUGUAUUCUCAAAGCAGCCACCAUUUUCUGUUAAACAUCCAAUGAAGUAGGUUAAAUUUUGAACUAAAUGAGUCACUCAGAUGACCCCCUCCAAAUGAUUUACACAAAUGUAUGCCUGCACAUUACUUAAAACAAAUAGCUAAUUUUUUUUACUUUUAAGCUUAAAUGGGUUUUACAAGUGUUACUAUUAUGUACACCAAAAUGGAAUAUAGUUUUGAUUUAAAACAAUUAAUAAUAAAUGAAUAAUUAAUGUUUUUGUUCUUGGAACAGAGUUUAUUUUAUUGCUUAUUUAUUUUAUGCCUCACUAAGAAUGUAUGAGUUGGAUACACAUUCCUCAAGUGUAAACAUUAGUUGGAUCAUAUUACCAAACUGUACUUCUCUGAAGCAAAAGGGUAGAUCGUGCAGGUUAGCAUAUGAGUGGGAGAAGUUCAUCUAUGAAGUCCAGUGUUGUGACCAAAUUUUGCCAGUAUGCCACAUAUCUGGCAAACCAUGGGUAGAAUCAGUAAUAGGUUUAUCAACCUAAACAUGCCCGACUCAUUUAAUUAUUUGCUCUGAUAGAUUUACCGUUACAUUUCUGUAACCAUUCAUUAUAUCUUUACUAUUACACAGGGGUUCAGGCCUUGUUUGGCCUAAUGUUCCUUUCUGUGUCCUCUAUGAAGCAUCUUUGUGUCAAUAUCUCUGUAAAAAAAGGUGCUGUACAAAUAAAACUGAAUUGAACUGAA